GUGGGUAAAAUGGCCGCCGCUGUCGCGCGGGGCGUGUCGGUGCCGGAGCUGCCGCGGCUGCUGGCGCGGGACCCCUACCUGACCCCCUUCGUGCCCGACUUCCAGCGCAGGUAUACCGUGUUUCAUGACCGAUUGAAGAACAUUGAAGAAAAUGAAGGCGGCCUUGAUACAUUUUCAAAAAGUUACAAAACAUUUGGAGUCAAUCAACUUGUGGAUGGUGGACUAUAUUGCAAAGAGUGGGCUCCAGGGGCAGAAGCAGUGUUUCUUACUGGCGACUUCAAUGGCUGGAAUCCAUUUUCUCAUCCAUAUAAGAAAAUUGAUUAUGGGAAAUGGGAGCUGUUCAUCCCACCUGGACAAGAUGGAUUAUCUCCUGUGGCCCAUGGAUCAAAAUUAAAGGUGGUGAUCCGUAGUAAAAAUGGAGAGAUUCUCUACCGUAUUUCACCUUGGGCAAAAUAUGUAGCACGCGUAGGUACCAAUGUGAAUUAUGAUUGGAUACACUGGGAACCACCACUGCCAUAUCUACGCAAACAUCCUCAACCAAAGAAACCAAAAAGCUUAAGAAUUUAUGAAUCUCACGUGGGAAUUGCUUCCCCAGAAGGGAAAGUUGCUUCUUAUAAAAACUUUACAUACAACAUACUACCUAAAAUAAAGGAUCUCGGAUACAAUUGUGUUCAGCUGAUGGCUAUUAUGGAACAUGCUUACUAUGCCAGUUUUGGUUAUCAAAUCACAAGUUUUUUUGCAGCAUCAAGCCGUUAUGGAACCCCAGAUGAUCUGAAGGAAUUGAUUGACAUUGCCCACUCCUUGGGAAUUACUGUUCUAUUGGAUGUUGUACACAGCCAUGCAUCAAAUAACUCUGAGGAUGGUCUGAACAAAUUUGAUGGUACAGAUUCCUGCUUUUUCCAUUCUGGUCCUAGAGGAACCCAUAGUCUUUGGGACAGCAGACUUUUUGACUAUUCAAAUUGGGAAGUUCUGAGAUUCCUUCUCUCUAAUUUGAGAUGGUGGAUAGAAGAAUAUGGCUUUGAUGGCUUCCGGUUUGAUGGUGUUACAUCUAUGCUAUAUCACCAUCAUGGAAUUGGUACGGGCUUCAGUGGAGAUUACCAUGAAUAUUUUGGCCUACAUGUGGAUGAAGAUGCCCUCGUUUAUCUAAUAAUGGCCAACCACAUGAUUCAUUUAUUGCAUCCAGAAUCCAUAACAGUAGCUGAGGAUGUUUCUGGAAUGCCAGCUCUUUGUUGCCCUAUUGCCCAGGGAGGAGGUGGAUUUGAUUAUCGGCUGGCCAUGGCAAUUCCAGAUAAAUGGAUACAGAUAAUUAAAGAGUUGAAAGAUGAAGACUGGAAUAUGGGCAAUAUAGUGCAUACGCUGACAAACAGGCGGUAUGAAGAGAAAUACAUUGCAUAUGCAGAGAGCCAUGAUCAGGCCCUUGUUGGUGAUAAGACGUUGGCAUUUCGGCUGAUGGAUGCAGAGAUGUAUACAAAUAUGAGUGUACUUUCACCUCUCACUCCGGUUAUUGAUCGUGGAAUACAGCUUCAUAAAAUGAUUCGCCUCAUCACUCAUGCACUUGGAGGAGAGGGCUAUCUCAACUUCAUGGGUAAUGAAUUUGGGCAUCCAGAAUGGUUAGACUUCCCCAGAACAGGAAACAACGAGAGUUACCAUUAUGCCAGGAGACAGUUUCAUUUAGCUGAUGAUCACAUUCUUCGCUAUAGAUUCCUAAAUGCAUUUGACAGAGAUAUGAAUAAAUUGGAAGAAAGAUUUGGCUGGCUUGCAUCUCCCCCGGCUUUUGUGACGGAAAAUCAUGAAUCGAAUAAGGUCAUCAUAUUUGAGAGGACAAAUCUAAUUUUUAUAUUCAAUUUCCAUCCAUCUAAAAGCUAUACUGAAUACAGAGUGGGUGCUGAAACUCCAGGAAAAUAUCCUUUUUAUAAAAUUGCGCUGGAUUCUGAUGCACCAGAAUAUGGAGGACAUCAGAGACUGGACCACAAUACAGAAUACUUCACUGAACAAUAUUCACAUAAUUUUCGAUCUAAUUCUCUUUUGGUGUACAUUCCAAGCAGAGUGGCGAUUGUGCUCCAGAAUAUGGAUAUCCCGAACUGAAGAACUACAUAACCAUCACUGCAGAAGCAAA